CCCGCUGAAGAUGAAAUCUGACACUCUUGGCACUGAGCAGACAGGAGGAGAGAUUUCCUUCCAAAGCCGUCAUCUCCGACAUGGCUCGGCUGUUCUCUGCCCUGAAUUUCAUCCAGGUGAUUUGGGGGACACUGUUCCUUGCCACCACAGCUGCAGCCUCCUAUGAACUGGAAGUCACCAACAAUGGUCCUGUUGUAACAGAAGCUCAAGCUACGAUUCAGUCCACCCUCCGCCAGAAGAACAAUGGGCUUCCACCGUCGGACAUCCCCAAGUACCAUUUUGCCUGGAAGUUUGACGCCCCCCUGGUUCUGGUGGAGAAAAUCAAGUGUGGGAGAAAUUCCCAAAUUGUGGUCACUAGCCCAGUUCCUGGAGCGUUUCCUAUUUCUGUGGAGGUGACACACCCUGACUGUUGGUUUUGUGGGACCCUUGUAAGAAAUCUAACCAUCCUACAGGUUUCAGAGUUUAUCAUAGGGAAUCUCUCCAUCACUCAGAUGAAGAGCUGCAAUGAUUGGGAAGAACUUGAUUGCCAUCACCCCUCUGCUGUUCUGGCCCUGGCGGCUUUUUCUCUUCAUGACCCGAGUCAUUAUUUUAAGUCCGCAUCAUUCAUUUACAGCUGGGAUUUUGGAGACGGGACAACAGCAGAAACAGGAAAGCCCGCCAUCUACCAUAAUUACUCUACCUUCGGGACUUGGACGGUGCGCCUCGAUGUCAUUGCAGAAUGGAGGCGAGAAGGGACAAGCGUGGAGCAUCCCACAGAAGUUGCCCAGAAAACAGGACAUUUCACCACGACACUGAAGUUGUUGGAUGAAAGCCAAGCAGAGCAAGAAACUCAAGGCAAGAUCCAGGAUGCUGUAAGAAGCAUUAACAUCACAGGCUCCACUGAAGCUCAUGUGAUGGAAAACUUAAAUUUAUCUCUGCAUAUCCAAGGGAGCCCCCCGCUGAGUUUAUGCUGGUUAAUUAAGACGGAGUGUAUCCCGCUCGGAAGAGACCAGUGCCACCUAGUGGUGACAAAUAGCACACAAUACUAUCUGAACCACACCUUCAGCAACGCUGGACAAUACUGCCUUAGCAUCCGCGUGGAGAACCGGGUGAACAUCUUGCAGUCCUACCAGGAGAUUCAGAUAAGGCCGUCAGGCAUCAACCCAGCUUCUUUCGUCCUGCCCUGCAUCCUCCUUUUGCCGGCCACACUGGGUUUAGCCGUCUACGUGACCUUUCGAAGCACCAUGCAACCAAAGGAUCUGGUGGAGGUUGCUGAUUUUGACUUCUCCCCCGUGUCCACCAAGAAGCCAUCCAGCACCAGAUGGAGCUGUGGUCAAAUCUGCUGCAAAACCUGCUUUCUUGGGUCGUCUCCCAAGCCUUGCAGCACAGCCAAGGAGCACCAUCGCCUUCUUCAGCCCCUGUGCAAAUCUAGACAGUUGUACAGUGCCUGAGAGACCCCAAACAACAUAUUGCUCGUGUCCAAUGCAUUUGCUUCGCUGCUCUGCCAUGCCCAAGUGCUUCAUGGAGAAUCAGAGGCUUCGCCAACGUGGGGGGAAGAAGCAUUGAUUAAGGGACAGAUGAUUAAUCCGCCGUCCAGAAAGAGAGCAAGCUUAACGCUGUCACCAUGCCAAAAUCUGCCUUACAGCCCUUGAAAAAAGAGGCUUCUGUUUUUCCACUUUAUGCUCAGGGUGCUUGAAACUUUCUUGGUCAUUUCUCUUGGGGGAAUAUUAGAGCUGAUUUAACGGUAGGAGGUCUCUAGAAGGGAAUUUGACUGGUGCCGCAAUUUUUGAUCAUCCAUCUCUCCAUCCUUCUGCAGGUUCCGAUAUCUGUACUUUCUAAACUUGAAAAGUGCUCCAGGAGCUGUUGUUGUCUAAUGUCUUCCCUUGGAGCAUGAUAAAAACAUGGGAAACUAGAGAAACUGUGGGAUACUAAAGAGAGGGCUCUAUAAUAAACAGCAGGACAUUCACAUCCAGCCUUCAGUGAAAUCCUGAUCAGUGAUAGUCCAUGAUUAAAAUGAUUACAAAUUUCACCAAAAUAUUCUCUGAGGGGGAAAAAAUCCCUUUGAAGUGAUUUUUCCACAUCAAACGAAUUGCAGGGGUAGUUUUUUUUUUUUUUUAAAUAGAGAAUUUUAAAAAAUAGAGUACAUUUUUAACGGCACUACUGAAAAAAAACCAAAUUAUCAAGUUCUAGCCUUGUUUACCGAGCAGCAAUUCCCAUCCAGUUCAGUGGCAUUCAUUCAGCACGAAGCAGCCUAAAUGACUUUUUUUUAAAUUGUGGAGACAUGCACUGUAUGACAGGGCCCCUGCCAGACUGCAUAUACAUUAGGUCUUAUUCAUAAUUUAAAAUAAUUAUAGACCCAGGCCCUCAAGAGCCAGAGAAUAAAUCCUGGACAUUUACGCACAGCCUCUGGUACGCUCUUUCCAUAAAGGUAUUCAAAACAGUUCUGAAGGAACAAGGCCAACCGAAACCCUGUUGGGGAUGGAAACGGACACAGAUCUGUUUGGUAUCGGCCUUACGAGUCAGUAAGAAGGUAUCUGAAUCUGUUGAUGCUGUUGAUGAAAUGUCAGGUGAGGCUCCUUGUUUAAUUUCAAUCAGCCCUGGAAACAAAGCUUUCUGGCAGCCAAACCAAUACUUUUUCACCCAGGAUGGAAUUUAAUCAGAAAUCCCAAUCACCCCUUCUCCACUUGAAAAAUUGUCAGCAGAGAGAUCCUCUUUCCAC